GCCAAGGAUCUGGGUGGCCGUUCGAAAGCUAGCCAUUGUAUAUUUUUCGUUCGUUGUCUUUUGCCUUUUUUUCCCUGGUAUCUGACAGAUGGACCCUGGAUUUACAAUUUGAAGAGUUCACAACAAUGAAAUGGUCGCUGCUUUAUGAUAUUUGCAGUGUCGUAUUUAGAAAUUUCACUCUUUCAAAGGCUGAUCUGGAGUGAAGAUGGCUGAGAGCCAGUCGCAAUCCGUUUCCAUUCGGGAAACGAGCAAUCUUGAUCCAUUCUGUAAACGUAUUCUUUAUGAGGAAAUAUCCAGUUCGAGAGUUCGUAUUUGGGAUCUUGCAAUAUUGAUACCCAAUAUCCUCUUCCUUGUGUUUCUCGGUCUUCGUUUCAAUAGAGCCAUUCUGAAACUACGAGCCACGUCCAGUCCCAUUUUUUUAACUUUCUAUGGCCUUGUCAUUGCAAACAUAAUUAUAAGUGUUGUAAGAUGCUGUGUUUCGAUGACUGUUAAUGCUGCUACUGUUAGUGGAGAAUUUGCUGACAAGAUUCUCUGGAUCUCUGUUCGAUUUUUUCUCCUUGCCACUGAAAUGAGUGUUGUGGUAUUUGGCUUAGCCUUUGGUCAUCUUGACAGCAGGAGUAGCAUUCGGCAUGUCCUCCUCGUUACAUCUCUCAUUUCGCUUGGAUUUUCUAUAUCCCAGGCUGUUCUCGAAAUGAUGUCACCAGAUGAACAUUUUCAUGUUGAUUCUAAAGAUUACAAUCUUUUUGGCCAUGGAGGAAUGCUGUUUUGGUUUGCCAGCUCAAUUGUGUUUGCAGUUAUUUAUCUUUGCAUCCUUGUUUUGCCUUGGACCAGACUCCGAGACCGAUUAGCUUUGCCCACUAAACGUUCUUUUUACACAUAUAUAUUACUAUUGUUCACAUUGAAUGCUGUACAAUCCUUAGGUUCUGGAUUGUUAUUAUACGAAUUAUACACCGGCCUUUGCAUUGUUGAUGUUACAACCUAUGCAUAUUUCACUUUAUUGACACCUCUGGUCUAUUAUGCAUUCUUGAGUGAAUUUUUUGGUGUUUCUCAACCGAGCAUUAUGUUUUCAUAUAAAGCCCAAGUUGAUGAUCAUAUGGAGGAUGAUACAGUUUCUUUACCACAUCAACAAAGUUUCUCGUCUUUAAAAACUGACUCAGAUUACAUUUACCAGAAUAACAGCGUUUAUAACAGCACCCAGCUGGAUGCAAACACACCAAUAAACCCACUAUAUGCUGCGUCUCUGCAAAGCCCUGAUUCCAUAACUGGCUACAGCAUUGACAGCUGUCAGAGCUUGGAAGUUGGUCCCAUUACUUCAGGAUAUCAGCGUACUAAUAUGUAAGUUAUACAAUACUGUAAUUGUGUAUUUUUCAUGCUCUGUACAUUCUAUAUAUGACACAAAAUUUUAUUAGAAAUAUAUUUCUGACUGGCAUAGAAUUAACAAGUGUGUGGUAAAAUGUUGGCCUAAGUGUCAAUGAUGUUGAUUUCAUUCCUUAUGAAUUGUGCAAACUGAGCAAUUGUAAACUUAAAGUCUAGUCUUAAUCCGUUACUGCUGUCGCUAUAAGUUGAAGGUCGCAAAUGAAGGCUUACUAUUGUAUGUACUCUUUGUAGAAUGUUUUGAUUCCUUCCAUGACAUUUAUGAGAUUGUUAGAAAGUCAGUAUUUAAUUCACUAAAAAAAAAGCUACAGUUUGGGAGGAGCAAUAAGCCUGAAAUUAUAUAGUGUCUCUGUUUACUAAACUAUGACUAUAGCAGCUUGCUGUGAUCUUCAUUGUGGAAUGUGUGAUAUGAUGUAAUGUGUGUGGUCUAGUAUAAGUAUUUUACUCAAGUGUAAGGAAUAUUUACUUCAGGUUUGUAUUAUUUUUGUGCAAGAGAAUUUAAUGUACUGAAAUAAUAAUGAUUGAGUUAAUUUCAGUGUUUUAUUGUAUUUUGCUGUUACCCUAUGUACUUUUUAACUAUAAAGGAAAGAGCAGCAGUUCUUAGGCGUUGGUUGCCUGAAAACGUAGCUUGAGCUUUAUUUUUCUGCAAAAGAUAAAGUAUGGGUUUAACAUUCUGGUUACUGCUUUCUUUGUCUAUUAAGCUGGCUCCUUAUCAAAAACUGAAGAAUUAUUUAAUUCUGUAUGAUCACCAAGAACAUUUAACUGAUGUGAAUCCGUCCUUUUCUGCUCAACAGGAAUUGUAUUGUUCACUUUGUUCCACUCUGACUCCCCUAGUCACAUAAUACAUCACUUUGUCCCACCUUCCUUAGGUGGGAGCUAUGUUGUGGGCACAGUUUUGUGUUUUGGUUGUUUCUAAACUCCUUUUAUGGGAUUUCCUCGUCAUACAUUUCUGCCGAAGAGACUGUUUCUUGGAAGAGGGUCUGUGCACAUAGUGAUUAAGUUAUACCGUAUGUGCAUGCAAUGUGUGGAAUUUAUAUUCUUGAACAUCCAAUAUUAAAGGCUCUUAUUUUAUAGGUCUAUGUUCUACAGUAACUAUGAGAGGCAUCUGACAUGAUGGAUGAUAUUAGCGUGAAUAUUUCUAUAAUCUAUUGUUAUCCCAGUUAUUAGAAAUUUCCUUUUUGGUUAAUUUUUUUCUGAGUGUGUGCAGUGCAUCUCAAGCCUCAGGAGCCUUGAGAGCAUUUUAAACGCACAUAAAGAAAUUUGAGUCUCUUACACAUCUAUGGUAUUGGUAUCAUGUAUGUACUUAGAAGGCCUGACAGUUGACUGACAUCUGCCAACCACUUUUAAACAUACUUGUGUUUGAGCUACUUGAAAUAAUUAAUUGUAGGCUAAUACAUAGUUUUAGGACAUUGUCUAUUGCUUCUGUAGAAUCUCUCGCAGGUUUUCUUACAGGCCUUGUCCUGUCUGUCUGUGAAAUAAUGUGAUAAUUACUGUUUGUACAAAUAUUUAAGGCCCUCUCUUUAUUUGUCUUUUGUCAAAGACAAUUCAGAAAUAUGCCAUGUAAUGUGAAGGAUCUACUUACUCAUCCACUGAGGUCUUUUAUGCUGGUGCUUGAUAGAGAAAGCUGUAAGCAGAAGAUCUCAAGGCUUGUCCUGAAGACCUUUGUAAUGGCAUUACUGUCAGGGGGUAACACCACUUUCCUCUACAGUAGCUUUGGUAUAGAGGCAUAUGGCAUCUUCCUGUCCUUUCAUCAUGAGUAACAUUUUCUUACAUUUUUUUUUAGUUAUAUUCAAAUGUCUGUGUUUUUAUAUUGUGAUAUGUGUUUUACUUUACAUUAAUUGACCCUUUGUUUUAAGUCUGUGUAUUUUUUCCUUCAAAUCUUGAUAGCUUUCCUCUUCCUCCAUCUGCCUCAAAUGUUUUAAUUUUUUCUUGUUGUUUCUCUCCUUGUUUUGUAUUUCUAUCAGAAGGUUAGUAGAAAUGACUCUUAUGAAAUUUAGGGAAAUGUUCUGCUGUUUAAAGUGUCACAUUGCCAAAUAUUUUCAUGAACUGCAUGCAAGUAUUUUAGUAAGGUAAAUUUUUUAAAGCAUGUAUUGCUCUUUAGAAGGCAGUUGAAAAGUAUAAUCUUCUUAUGCAAGUUCUAAGAGCGACUAAGCUGUAAAUGAAUGCAGUGUAACUCACAUCUUGUAGCAUUAGGUUUAGGGUUGUUGUGCACUUUGGAAUAUCACAUUGCAAUGUCAGGGUUUCCGUUCCAAAUCAUGCUUGAAAUAUCUUAAACUUCAUAUCUACCUCAACUCAAAUGCAAGUGCAGUUACUCACCAACAACAUUUCUUGCUUCUCAAGCUGCGUCUCUCCCUAGUUUAUUCCCAAGAUUAAACAAGAUAGGUAACUAUUUGCAUAGUUCUUAAAGUGCACCUAGAUGACUUUUAAUAUUUUUUGUAACAACCAAAGACAGUUUUUUUUUUCUGUUUGGAAAUUUUGUUUGUAUUUGGAACCAACCAAGAUGUUCAUAAAUGGUUUUGUAAUCUAGAGCUUAAGAUUUAUAUAUUAAUUUUCCAUUGUA